AUGGAGCUGAAGCUAGAGGCUGUGAGGAGAGAAAUAAUCAAACCUGCUUCACCCGCACCUCAAGAUCGCCUUCCACUCUCCCUUUUCGACCUCUCCUGUCCAGCAGUGUACGUUUCAACAAUCUUCUUCUACAAAGCCCUCGCUGGAGAGUCGUCGGUGAUCAUUUCCAAAAGGCUGAAGAGCUCUCUGUCAGAGACUCUGUCAAGUUUCUAUCCUCUCGCGGGACGAAUCGAUGGCAUCUCGAUCAACUGCAACGACGAAGGAGCUGUGUUCAUAGAAGCACGCACGGAUCUCCCCCUCUCCAAUUUCCUCAAGAACAACCUCGAUAAUACCGACUCUCUUGGAGUAUUCCUCCCACCAAUCACAUCAGGCGAAUCCGCAGGAACGUGGCCGUUGUUGAAUGUUAUGGUCACUUUCUUCGGGUCAGGGUCAGGAGCUGCGGUCACCGUAGCCACAUCUCACCAAAUAUGCGACGCUGCGUCAUUAUUAACCUUUGUUAGGGGCUGGGCAGAUAGAGCGAAAGGUGAUUCUUAUGACGUCGCACUAACAACUCCUCAGUUUGCGGGAGCUACCAUUUACCCUCCUCCCCAUAGCUCUUUCAAGGCUCCUUCAAUGGAUGAGCUUUUCGAGCUAAGAGGAAAGUGUGUAACCAAUAGAUUCGUCUUCAAAUCCGCUAAGAUCGCUGAGCUCAAACGCAAGGCCGCCAGCGAAAGUGUCCCGGUACCUACACGUGUGGAAGCCAUUGCAUCACUUAUUUGGAGAUGUGCAAGAAAUGCCUCACGCUCUAACUCAGCCACUCCAAAGUCAACGAUGAUGACUCAAGCCAUGGACUUGCGGCUUAGGAUUCCCUCUAAUGUUUUGUCCCGCAAUGCCAUCGGUAACCUACAAUCGGCUUUCUUUCUUAAGGAAGGCUCAGAGAGCGAGAUGAAGAUUGGUGAAAUCGUUGCCAAGUUUAGAAAGGCCAAAGAAGGGGUCAAUGAGAUGAUCGAAGAGAAUCUCCAAGGCUACAAUACUGCUAGUACCAUCACCACUACCACACUUGGUCAGAACUUGUUGAGUGUGAUGGGAAAUUUUAUGGCAGAAUUAAAACCGGAAAUAGACUUAUACACAAUGUCUAGCUGGUGCAAAAAGCCUUUCUACAAGGUUGACUUUGGAUGGGGUACUCCAGUAUGGAUAGGAUCCGCUUCGCAUACCAUCGCUGACAACAUAGUGUAUGUGGUGUUAAUGGAUUCAAAGGAUGGUGAAGAUGUCGAAGCUUGGGUAGGCUUACCAAAACAAGACAUGCUCGUGUUUGAUCGUGACCAAGACUUGCUUACUUAUGCCGUCUUAAACCCUCCAGUCCUGAUAUGAACAAGUGACCAUGUCUCAAUGUUUGGUCUAAGAUUGCACUAUGCUUUGUUUUAAUCACUGUUUGGCCUUUGCGUUUCGCUGUGAUUUG